AUGAACAUCUUCACAUCGUUGCUCCUCCAGGACUCCUAUCAGACCGUUUUGGAUGGUGUCCAGUUCCUAGCCCUUGCGACUGUUGCCACACGCAUGCACAUCCAUCUCUGGCAGACAAACCAACAUCUACGCGGCUCAAGCGGCCUGGUUCAUAUUCCAUUGUCCGACAUGUCAUAUGUGCAUAUCACAGCGUGA